UCCUCCACGUUGGAAGGACGUUGUGCGCGUCUAUUUUCCGUCGAUAUUAUAUUCACAAAAACUCGUCUAAUCUUUUGGCAAACUGACGUACUCCUUUCAGUUAGUGUUUAUCAAAGAAAAGUGCUCUAGUGCAGUGAACUAAAUCUUAAGAUGUGGCAAUUAUAAGUGAAGUGUUGAUAUGUGUAGAGUGCAGAAUUAAAUAAAUGAACGAACGAGGCGAAGCUGUGUCGACGAGAAAGAGACAAAUGGAAAGAUAGUGUUGGGAUAACGUGAUCUCAUGAACAGCGGUACGUAAAUUUCGAUCUUCUUAAGAUCGAAAAUCCGAUUAUGGGACAUGAGCAACGAGCACGAUCCGCGAGUGUCUGGGAAAUUUGAGCGUAGCUAUCAAGAUCAAAGGAAGGUAGGUCAUUCUUCGAGAACGAUUGACACGGUUCAAAAUGUGUUGGAUCGAGAGCCGGUUGAAAAUUUGUCGGAAGUUGGCGUGCGAGGAAGAAUCGGUGAGCCAGCAAAAUAUUCCCAGAGCGCGGCGGAGACGGAUUCCCAGAAAGACUCGUCUUGGCAGACAAUUCAAGUUUCUCACGAUGGUUUUCUUCCAAGGAACAGCGAAAGUUGCUCGGAAUGUAUCGACGGCGAAGCAGGAAAUCUUACAUGGAAAACAAAGGGAAACGUCGCGGAACACCGUGAUUUACAGGCCGUUUGGAAUUUGAAAGCGGCCUCGUCGAAAAGCAGCGAGGACAGGCAACUGUUAUUGGGGAUAAACGAAAAUCUGCCGGCAGAUUUGAAGGAAAAAUACUUCUGGCGACCAGAGGCAAGCAAUUCGCAGAAAAUGAGCGAAUAUUCCUUCGCUGACUCAAAGGAACGUUCUCGGACUAACAACCGAGCGAGCUCCAUAGGGACCGGCGACUCGCAAAGUCGCUGCAAGUCGAGAGAUCGUGAGAAUCAUCAGUGGAAAUUGCAAGCCAGUUCUCCUUUAGCACGAACUCCCACAUUCGCGAAUUUGGCGUUGGACGUGUCUUACGCAGGGUUGGACAUCUCUGGUUUCCUGGAUACCGAAUCUUCCAGGAGGCUCGAAACUGAUCCGCCCGAGUUCUGGGAAGACUUCAGCGUGGUCGAGUGCCUGGAGAACAAAUUGUCGUCGUACGACGAAAGUACGCCGGAAGAACGGGUGGAGGCGCUGAAAGAGGUUUUGGCGGAGACCGAUAUACACGAAGGCGAUGGAAUCGUGUCAGACUUUCUAUUUCACGUUGCCAAAACGAAAUAUGGCAAGAUAUAUAUCAGAGUUAUCAGAACAUUGCUCCUUAAUCGAGUUUUAUGUAGCAACCGGGUGAGCCAAAUGACCAAGACCUAUAAUGACAUAGAAGCAGUUACAAGGCUUCUGGAGGAGAAAGAAAAGGACUUGGAACUAACCGCACGUAUCGGUAAAGAACUUCUAUCGCACAAUCAAAAACUCGAAGCCACAGUUACCAGUUUAGAGACCGAUUUAAAGGAAGCCAAUGAAAAUAUUACCCAACUCACGCACGAACUCGCAAAAAAGACAGAAUUAAUCCAAAUAUUAACAAAUGAUGUCGAAGAAUCAGGUUCCGAAGCCGGUUCGCCCACCGGACUUCGCAGUAUCAACCUGGACAUGAUGCAGAAAAAGAUCAGCUGCCUCGAGGAUGAAAAUAAGCAAUUAAGAACUGAAUUCGCGAAAUUGAUGCACGAUGCCGACAAUUCGGAGGAACAAGAGGCAAAACUUGUCAAAGAUAUUGCCGCUCAACUCGCAACUGCAAAUAUGGAGGUAAAUGGAAUAUCGGAUGAGCUUGAUAAACAGAAGGAAGAAAAUCGAUUGCAACAUGAACAAAUUACCAAUUUGACAGCAAAACUAGCUAAAACUGAACUGAGAUUGGCGCAGUUGAUGGCUGAGCAUGAUGAAAUGAGCACUACUUUGCACAUCACCAAGGAUAAUCAAAACACUCUAGCGAACGAGUUGGCUGAAUUCAAAGAACGAUAUGCUGAGGUGAUAAAUUUAUUGACGGAAACUCAAGAACAAUUACGAAAACAAAGACACAGAGGUAUGCCAACUGUUAGGGGAGGCUCUUUGUUUCCUUCGUUGGGUGCUGUUCCACAAGCAGACUCUAUCGCUUCAGAAUUGGAAUCAUCGCUUUAUUCUGAAUUCAGUUUGGAUUCUGGCAUCAUUGCAGAUAGGAUACCAACAUAUAAGAAAGUUUUUGAAACAGUGAGGAGCGCAUCAAGAAAUACAUCUUAUCCAGCUGAUGCAAAUCAAUUCCCACGAAUAGGUUCAAUGACAGUAUCAACUCUAUCAAGCAGUUCUACUGGACCACGAAUGAGUUGUGGUCAGCCUCGACCUGUGGCAUCAGUUCCUGGUGUGGAUUCCAUUGCACAUAGCGAUUCAGAAGAGUUUGAAGAUUAUCCAGGUCCACAAAAAGUAGGAGUGCCAGGUGCUCCUGGUGCAGCAGAUUUGGAAGUAGCACUCCGUAGAUUAACACCUGCAGAAGUUCUUACAAGGCGUGCUUGUCUCAGCACUGGAACAGGAUAUAGUUAUGACUAUGAGGCUGGAAUGCAUUCACCUUCCACUUCCGCACCUCAUGGUUGUAGAACUCCAGACAGUAUUAUGUCUACGGGAAGUAGUGGAAAUUUAAGUGGCUAUGGUGGAAAUACUUGGAGAGUUCCUGAGAAGUUACAAAUAGUGAAACCUAUUGAAGGUUCUCAAACUUUACAUCAUUGGACUCGAUUAGCUACACCUACACUAGGUUGUCUUUUAGAAGAACGGCCAGGAGUAAAAACAAGAGGAGGUCGAGGCCUGGAGGAUUUAGGCCUAGUUACUUUCACUUUAAGCGAUCUUGAAGAAGAUGAAGAAUAUAGUAACCCUGGAAAAAUUUUUCAAGAUACAGGUUCCAUAUAUACAUUCACCAAUAGUACUGUUCUUCAUCCUGAUGAUCACAGAAAUGUCACUCCAAGUAUUGUGGAUAGUACUGGCGAAACAGCACCUAGUAGUGGUUUAAAUUCUGGUAUGAGUACUCCAAGCACGUUAAGCAGAAAAAAUUCAACUUCAACUUCAACAUUUUCAACAACCCUUGGUCUUGCAAAAAUGUUAAACGAAAGAGGUAUAAAAGCUGCAUCACCUUCUUCAUUAACGCCGAGUGGAGAGAGGAAUUAUACGCCCACUGCAACACCUUGCAAUAGUCCUGAUGCUAGUCCUCCAGAUAGUCGAUCUAGUACACCAACUCCAGAAGGUGGACUUUCUUUAGGGUUAUUAUCCAGUGGAGCUGAAUUGUUAAAGAGAACAUUCGGUGGAGAAACUCAGGCAAAGAGAAAACGACCCGAAUUAUCCAGAUCAGAUAAAAAAGCUCUUACCAGUAUCCGUUUGGUUGAGAAACUUGAAAGAAUAGGCAUUGACACAAUAAUGGCUUCAACAUAUGGUUCAUCUUUCUCCCCAUUAGUGUUACAAGGUUCUUUAUAUGCCAGGCAUGGUAGUGUAAGCCCCAUGGCUCAGUUAACUUUCCUGAGAAACUCCAUGAGUGGGAAUCAAGAGAAACUUUCACCUUCUUCCACUGCUAGUGAUUCCUCGACGACAAAACGAAAUAUAAUUGAUAAAAAACAAGACGAGUCUAUACCAAACAGAGAAUCUAGACAAAGAAGAACUAGUACUAGGGCUAUGAGAUCUGAUCUCGGACAGGUGGUUACAUCUGCUGCAGCCCCUGUUACGUCUGCAAAAGAAACUCCUCCUACGCAAUCCGCUUUGGGAAGUAUUAGCUCGCUGCUGUUUGGACGAAAGGGUGGAUUACUUUGAAACCACUGUUUAUUGAGUAUUGACUAAAUUAUAAAGGAAAAGCCAGAUAAGUUUUUAACAGAACGUAAUAUACGAUUGUCGGAGCGGUGAUAAAAUGAACAAUUUACUUCAUUUCAUCUGUAUCACAGUUGUUUUAUCUAAAAAUGUCGAUAAAAAUCUCUAUUUUAUUCACAGACAGUUCACGAUGUAGCUAAAGAGAAUACAAAAUUUAAUUUUUUAAUGUACCAAAAAAAAAGAAAGAAAAAAGAAAAAGGAACGAAGUUAAGUAUCAUACACAAGCUUACGUACCAUUAAUUAUGUGUCCUAAUAUUAAAUCUUUGCGCUCGAGGACUUUUUCAGUCGGGCGAAGUAGCAAUUCGAGAUGAUUUAGCGCAUACGUUACACGUGCUAGUGUACUGCUAGUGUAAAAUGAUUUUAUACACUAAUUGACGUACGAAAACAUUAUAUUCUAAUAAUAUAUAUAUAUAUAUAUUUACAUCUUUGAAAAUAUGAUUUUGUAAUAAUUAAUUUCUGUAUUUCUUUGUAUCGUACUUUAUGUAUGUAUCGUACUCGUGCAUUCUUGAGUACAAUUGAUCUCAUUUCUCAAUAGCUCAAAAUCAAGUUCAUCUUCAUUUGAACUAAUUUCACUUCUGAAAAUCAUUUUUUAGUACUUCUAAAUUAUAACACUUUUGCCAUGAUCGUCAAAUCCGAAUUAACAUCGGAGACGUUGAUAGAAUUAUAGUUUUGGAGGGAUUUAGGCUUAAAUAUUUUAUCUCCAUUUUAAAGUGUAAUACUUUAUACUUCCUAACAAAGAAUAUAAAGAGCUAAGUCGUAUUUACGACUGUCGCCUCUCACUCGUCACUCGAGUUGCCGCACGAAACUCCGUGGCGACCGAAAGUCGCCUUUCGAGCACAAAGGAUUAAAAUUGGAAGUAAAUUGAAUAUGUUUUUAUUUUAUAGUACUAUUUUAUACAGAACAGAAUAAUACGUACGUUUACAUUAUAAAGAUACAUAUUUAGUGUCAAGCUUGAGAAUCUGAUGUUACUUAAUAUUAUUCUUCUUUUGUACGCACUAUAAUGUUAUUGUUCGACACUAAUUGACAAUAUCCUUAUUUUCAAUUUCUGUGAAAUAUUGUGAAGUAUCGCAUCGCUGGCCAGUACUAUUUAAAUUAACUUAACAUUCCUACAUUAGCUAUUUUUUUCGCUCUUCUUUUUAAGUUUCACUUUUGAUACUAUAUCUUUCUUCUGUGUGAAUAUUGAGAAAUAUUUGAAAUAUUAUUUGUUUAGACUAUAAAUUUAUAACUCAAUAUUUUUAAAUAUUUGCAUGGAAAGGUAUUACAUGAAAAACGAUGUAACGUAUUCCUAAAAUUACAGUAUUAUAUUUGACUAUAGAAAUAUUUAAUUUAAAGCUUUUAAAUGAUCAUUUUAUCAACGCUCCGACAUAUUGUAAUUACGAAAAUAAUUGAGAACCUCCAUAUUUUAAUUUUACACAGCAGCUAUUUUACGUUUAUUAGAUUAAUUUUUAAAUGAUUUGUUGUACAUAACUAAUUCAUAUGUGAAAAAGAAAAAUCUUACUUAAUCGAAGAACAAACCAAAAAAUUGUAAAUGAUUAUUUUUGGUAUCUAUUGUUAUGUGAAUAUCAAUGUAGAGGCGCGUGCGAAAAAAAAGUAAUUUAAAAUUAUUAAUUUACACAUAUAUGAAAAUCAAAUGGGUAUUAGGGAGGUGUAUUAUGUGAAUUAAUUUACAUUGUAUAGAGAAUAAUAGCAUAUUGUAGUUAAUACUUAAAAUGACUUAGAACGUUGCAAUCAUGUAAUACGAAAUGUUACAUUACUCAAUGCGAUUUUUAUCAGUAAUGACAUUUCUUGUUACCAUUGAAAUAGUCGAAACAUAUUUUUUAUGUGAAAUUUUUUUUAAUAUUGUGCAUUAUUCUUUUUAGUUAGAGUAAUAUUCUUCAUUUUAAAGAUUAUUUGAAUCAAAAUUGAUUCAUUUCAGCCGCGUCACUUUGAUAUAUUUAUUUAUCUUUUAUGCCAAAGUGUCCAAAAAAGAGAAAAAACGAGACAGUUACCAAAAAAAUGCAAGGUCAAUAAUGCACGUAAAAGAAUAUAAAUGACUUCAUAUAUAAUAACAUGAUAAAACAAAAUUAAUUUAUAACAUAAUGAUUCAGAUUGCGACAAGUAAAUAUGAUCACACUAAUUACUAUUUAAAAAAAAGAGUAAAAGUCGCAGUGAAUUUUCUAAGCGGAGCACAAUUUUUAAGAGCAGAAUUUUUCAGGUGCUUUAAAUAGUAUCAAUUUCGUUUAAUUAGCUUAAGAAAUUUUAUCGUUAAUUGAUCAAUUAUAUCUAAGAUUAAUUAGUUAAUUGUGUCACUACUGUCGGUCUUUAACAAAAAGACCUUACAAUUAGUACCGAUGAUUAAUUAAUUAGUCAUUCCGUAUUUGUCGAUUAAUUGAUGGGUUGUCAUUAUGAAAUAACCACGAAAAAUUUUUAUAUCCCUUCAUUAAUUCUUUAUUCGAUAAUAAUUACUUGUACAUAAUUAAUAAUGAAUUAACUAUUGCCUAAUUCACAGGUUGUGUUCAUUAUAUUGAUUGAAAGCAGUACAAAGAAAGAAUGACUAUCUUGAAUUUAUAUUUCUUUCCCUUUGUAAAAAUGCGGAGAUGAAUUGUCCAAUAAUUAAUCGAUCAAUAAUUGAUCAAUUAUUUUUGUAAAUAAUAAUCUGAAUUGUUCUUUCGUUUUGUCUCUCUUUUUUUAAUCUAUUAUGGUUAAAAAAAUUGAUUGCAAUGUAUUGAGUGAGUUUGACAAUGAGAUGCAAUUUCACCCAAUGAAUUACCUCUACCUUGUAUCAUAGAAAGGAUUAUUUAGCAGGCGCAGUCUUGUACAUAGAGGAAUACAGAUUAAUAAAUUAAAUUGAAAAAAGUCUUA